UCCGCGGAGGUGUAUCUUGUUCUUCUCGCUCCAACAUGGCUUCCCGUGUGCUGAUUGUUCUGCUAGCGGCUCUUGUCGGCGUCCACGCAGGCGGCCGGACACUGGUCCUGCUGGACAACCUGGCCAUCAAGGAGUCCCACUCCGUGUUCUUUAAGUCUCUGGCAGACCGAGGCUUUGACCUGACCUUCAAGACCGCAGACGACUCCAGCCUCGCUCUCAUCAAGUACGGAGAGUUCCUCUUCGAACAUCUCAUCAUCUUCGCUCCGUCUGUCGAAGAAUUUGGAGGUAACCUGGACACCAGUGCUCUGACAGAGUUCAUUGAUGGAGGUGGAAACAUCCUGGUGGCAGCAAGCUCUGAGAUCGGUGAGCCGAUCCGUGAGCUGGCCAGUGAGUGUGGUGUGGAGUUUGAUGAGGAAAAAACAGCCGUCAUCGACCACCUGAACUAUGACCUGGCUGACGAGGGACAGCACACCCUGAUUGUUGCUGACCCAGAAAACCUCAUUGAUGUGAAAAACAUCGUGGGAACCAAGCGGGAUGCUCCCAUUCUCUUCAGGGGGGUGGGCAUGGUAGCAGACACAGACAACCCCCUGGUGUUGGAUGUCCUGACUGGUUCCUCCACUUCCUACUCCUUCUACCCUGAUGAGAAAGUGUCCGAGUACCCCCAUGCUGUAGGAAAGAACACCCUCCUGGUGGCUGCUCUCCAGGCUAGGAACAACGCUCGUGUGGUGUUCACCGGGUCUCUGGAGCUGUUCAGUGACCAGUUCUUCACUGCCGCUGUACAGAAGGCCAUCGCUGGGGCUCAGAAGCAUGACAAGUCUGGUAACGAGGCCUUCGCCCUGGCCCUGUCCCGCUGGGUGUUUAAGGAGGAGGGGGUGCUGCGAGGGGGGGUCGUCAAGCACCAUCGCAAGGGGGAACAAGAACCCCCCACAGCAUACACUGUCAUGGAGGAAGUGGUGUACAGUAUCGUCAUCGAGCAGCUGGUGAACGGCAAGUGGGUUCCGUUUGACGCCAACGACGUCCAGCUGGAGUUCGUGAGGAUCGACCCGUUUGUACGCACCACCAUGCAGCGUAAAGGAGGGAAGUUUGUUGCGGAGUUUAAGUUACCUGAUGUGUACGGGGUGUUCCAGUAUCGAGUGGACUACAACAGGCUGGGCUAUACUCACCUGUUCUCUACUACUCAGGUCUCGGUGCGACCGUUCACCCACACGCAGUACGAGCGGUUCAUCGCGGCCGCGUACCCGUACUACGCCAGUGCGUUCUCCAUGAUGUUCGGACUCUUCGUCUUUAGUCUCGUGUUCUUACACCACCGCGAAGACACCAAGGAAAAGACAGAAUAACACUUAAAGGGAUCCUUUGUUGUUCAUUUUUUACAAUGCACCCUUUUUGUAUCGUUCUAGCUUCUGAUCAUCUUCAUUUAUAGAAAAGCUACUGUUUUUUUUAUUGUGAGCUAAGAAUACAUGUCAAAGUACAAAAGUACUUGUAAACUACAAAGUCUCUAUCAAUUGUAUUGUAAAUGCAUCAAUUUUGCAGUUGUUGUUUUAUUUUGCGGUCGGUGAAAAAGGUAGUUUUCGCUGUGAUAGAAGUUCAUGGUUGAAAGAAUCCUUGUAACAGAAAUACAAAACCACAUGUUCGUACUGUUAUGAUUUGAUUGUCAGAGGCCAUGGUAAAAAUAAAACCACUGCAUGUAUUUCAGCAUUUGCACUACC